AUGGCCGACUCCGCUCAGAUUCCCAUCAACGGCACUUACCACGCACAGCCUUCUUACCAUGAAUCAUUCAACCACGCCCACACUGCUGUCAACAGCGUCUCCAACUUCCAGCCGGCACAGUCUUCCACGCCCUCCAAUGCCCCAUCCAACGAACAGAAGAAUGGUAUCGCCAAAGAUGAGGUAGGUUGGUAUUUUGUCGAACAGUACUAUACCAACAUGAGCCGUAGCCCGGACAAGCUACACCUCUUUUAUUCUCGACGCUCGCAGCUGGUAUUCGGAACCGAAGCUGAAUCGGUCACGGUUACAGUCGGCCAAAAGGCCAUCCAAGAAAAGAUCAAGCAGCUGGACUUUCAAGACUGUAAAGUACGCGUCUUGAACGUGGAUUCCCAGGCUUCGUUUGACAAUAUCCUCGUCUCGGUUAUUGGCGAGAUUUCGAACAAGCAGGAGCCAUCUCGCAAGUUUGUGCAGACAUUUGUUCUGGCUGAGCAACCGAAUGGUUACUAUGUCCUCAACGACGUUUUUAGAUAUCUCGUCGAUGACGAGGAGAUUGCUGAAGAUGCCGCUGUCGAAGCUUCUGCCGAGGAGCAGCCCGAGGUCGAGGCACCUUCUCAGCCAGAGGUUGAAGCCGCCGCUGUCCAAGCUCCUGCCGAGGAGCCAGCCGUUGAGAAGGUGGACGAGAAGCUUGAGGAGGUUGCUACCAAGGUAGAAGAGGAGCCCGCUCCUCAGACCAACGGAGCCGAGCACCCUGCAGCUACCCCCGAAGCCGCCCCUGGAGCUACAGAGCCUGCUGCCGCCGACGCUGAGACGGAAGUCCAGAAGCCCGAGGAACCCGCAAGCCCCAAGCCCACUCCUGUCCCCACUGCACAAAAGGAAGUCCAGCCGGAAGCAGCUCCCGCAGCCAAGGCUGCUAUUCCCAAGACAUGGGCAAACAUUGCUUCCAAAAUCGGUGCCGCAGCUCCCGUUGUUCCGGCCAUCCCUGCUGCUUCUGUGAAGCCCGCUCCUACCACGCCCGCGGUCCAAAAGGAAGUUCAGCCGGCGGCGCCCGCUCCGGCUGCCACCCCUGCCACCCCAACCCCAGCUCCUGUUGCCGAGAGUGUCCCUAGCCAGCCAUCUUCCAACGACGGCUCCGGCUGGCAAACUGCAGGACAUGACCACAAAAAGUCGCAGGCUCGCUCCGCGGAAGACCAAAAUGUGCUCGGUUACAUCAAGAAUGUCACUGACAAGGUCGAUGCGAACUUGCUCAGGCAAACCCUCUCGCGGUUCGGCAAGCUCAAACACUUUGACGUGAGCCGCCAAAAGAAUUGCGCUUUUGUUGAAUUUAGUGAUGCCGCUGCUUACAAUGCCGCCGUCGCUGCAAACCCUCACCAGAUUGGCACCGAACAAGUCAAUGUUGAAGAGCGCCGCACCCGCGGUAACGCUUACGGUGGAAUCACCGGCCGCGGUGGUGGUGCAGGCCGUGGCCGUGGUGAUCGUGCCGGCAGCCAGGGCCGGGGCGGCUUCCCGCGUGACGGGCGUGGAAACUUUGCUCCCCGCGGUCGUGGCGGCAAUGUCAAUCCCAAGGGACGCAACCAGGCCCAGGCCGCUUAA